AUGGAGGGGCUCGACGUCGACGACAUCUUCCACCACUACCGGCUGAGCCCUACGGAAGUGGACGCCGUCACCUACUACCUGCCACGCCUCCUCUCCGGCGAGACGCUGCAUGCCGUCGACAAGCUCAUCCACCGCGUCGAAAUCUCCGGCUGCGAGCCCAAGGAUCUGGCCGCCCGGUACGCGCCCGUGCCGCAGGCCGUGAGCAGAGGCGACCGGUUCUUCUUUACCACGUGCAAGAGCAAGAACGGGAGCAAGCUCCAGAGCGUGCGCGGCGCCGGCGGCGGCACAUGGACCAUACAGAAGACCACGGAGAUUUGCCACGCGGGAGUCAAGGUCGGCGAGGUCAAGAACCUGUCCUUCAAGAAGAAGGGCAAGUCCACGGGCUGGGUCAUGGAGGAAUACCGGUGCCUGCUGCCGGAGGCCACCGUCUCCGACGGGGUGAAGGUGUUCUGCAAGAUGCACUUGGCUCAGCAUUCUCCUGACGCGGCCCGCCAGGAAUCGGAAGCAUACAAGCUUCAGCAACAGCAACCAGAGGCCGUGACCCCGAGCACGCACGCGCAGAAGAGGCCAGCGCCGGCUGCCGCCGCCGAUCCUCAUCCUCCGCGCCCCAAGAAGAGGAUGCGCGGUGCUGUCCCCGUCCCGGCACCUGCCACACCGUCGUUCAUGAUGUAUGAUGAGGCAGCCAGAGCAAUGCAUGGCCCGCUGGCUCACACCAACUUCCCUGUUCAGUAUGCACAAGCAUCAUGCGAGUCCACUACAACAUCCAGCCGCUCCGACGUUGCUCAAGCUCCUGAGAUUUCCUCCCAGUCAGAUGUGCUGGAGUCCACCCAAUCACAAGAGGCUGGCUCAAGCAUUGCAAGGAGCACAACUGAAAAGGAUGUCUUUGAGCCAUUGGGGCCUAUUUCCGAUUUGCCGGAUUGGGAGGAAUAUGGUUUUGAUCUUGAAGAACUAAUGAGAAUGAUGGAAGACGAUCCAAUUGAAGUUGAGCCAAUCACUGGAGCCAACUCUCGCGUGGAGAUGGGCCAACAGGAACCUCUGUACCUGGAUGCCUUGGACCAAGGCGUGCUGCAGUCCGAUUACCCUGCCUUCCAUGAUGCUGACAAGGAGAAGAGGUACAAUGCCGCGUCGGAUCUUGACGCUCCAUCGCUUCAGGGACAGGACCACUUGUUCAAACCGCGGCCGUGCUCCUUCGAUCCAUUUGAAGAAGCGUGGAAGGCCGAAGAGGCGCUCGAGAAGGAGAAGAGGUGCAAUGCCGCGGCCAAUCUUCAUGCUGGAGGGCAUAGCAACUUCUUCUCGCCUGCAAGCGUCUACUAA